GUCAGCCGGGGAUCGUCUCGAGGGCUGGGCUGGGUCUGCGAUAGAUCGGGCUGGUUGACGGGCGCGAUCCGAGCGAGGCGGCAGCUCGCGGAGGCGAUGUCUAGGGGUGACGAGGCUCGAGGUCGCAGGAUAGCUUCCCUAUGUGCGUAAGAUCGGAGGGCGGCGGUGCGGGGACAUGCGAGGAUUGUGAGGGAUACCCUGGCGCCAUGUCACGCAGACUAGAGACCUCGAACGAGGAUUCGUACCUGAGCGCCGGCAGGCCGUCGAACCUGCUGCGCACGAAAUUCAGCAGCGCGAAGCUCGAGUCCUUGUACAGGGAGACCUCGCUGCAGCAGCGACGGGGCGGGCUCGAGUGUUUCCUGAUCUCGGCGCUGUUCUACGGCGCGUACACGAUCGCCUCGCCGGGGCAGAAGCUGGUCGCCUCGAGCAUCACCGUCGUGUUCCUCGGGCUGAACCUGGGCCUGCUCGCCUGGGCCAAGCACAACACCCGCGGCAGGUUCUGGUCCCUGGUCACCCACCUCGCCUGGUGCCUGUUCGUCGAGCAGCUGCUCGCUCAGCUGUUCCUCAAGUCCGCCCAGGUCACGCCUAGGGACGGACUCGGCUGGAUGCUGAUCCUGCUCUACCUCAGCUCCGCGCUGCCCUUCAACCUCUCCCACUGCGUGCGACUCGCGUUCUGCACCGCGCUCGGCUACAUCAUCGUGAUCGUCAAACUCUCCGAUGCGCGGGUCCUGAUACCCGUCGACGUGCUGGUGCUGACGGUGACGCUGUCGCUGGGCGCCAUGUUGCUGGGCAUCUCGAGCUACUUGUUGACGGAAUACCAGCAGCGUCGAGCGUUCCUGGAGACCAGGCAGAGCCUGGAGGUUCAGCUGGUGAUCGAGGAGCAGAGCGCCGAGCAGGAGAGGCUUCUGCUGAGCGUCCUGCCCGAGCACGUCGCGGUGAAGAUGCGUCAGGACCUCGGUGCCUCGCUGGACACCCAGUUCAAGAAGAUCUACAUGUCGAGGCACGAGAACGUCUCCAUUUUGUACGCGGACAUCGUCGGCUUCACGGCGAUCUCGUCGACGUACAGCGCCAGCGAGCUGGUGAAAAUAUUGAACGAGCUGUUCGCGAGGUUCGAUCAGCUCAGCGAGAGGUACGAACAGCUGCGAAUCAAGAUCCUGGGCGACUGUUAUUACUGUAUAAGUGGAGCACCGGUCGAGAGGACCGAUCACGCUGUUUUAUGCGUGUACAUGGGCCUGUCCAUGGUGGAGGCGAUCAAGUACGUCCAGCAGACGACGAACAGCCCCGUGGAUAUGAGGGUGGGCAUACACACGGGCGCGGUUUUGGCGGGCGUGCUCGGCCAGAAACAGUGGCAGUUCGACGUGUACAGCAAGGACGUUGAAUUGGCGAACAAAAUGGAGAGCAGCGGAAUGGCGGGGAGAGUGCACAUCUCGAACGCGACGCUCAGCUUCCUGAACGGGGAGUUCGAGGUCGAGCCGGCACACGGGGAGGACAGGGAGGAAGCGUUACAGAAGGCGGGCAUCGUCACUUACUUCAUCGUACGGGCGCUGAAGCCGUUCAAGCCAGCUGUGACCAAGAGCCUGGCGUCGCUCACGGACGCGGAGAACACGAAGAAACCGGCCGAGAACGCGCAAGACAACAGGAACAACAAGGAGGACUCGGAGGAGUUUAGGCAGAGGCUGCGCAAGGAGCUCGACAGCAAAGGCGGAGGAGCAGACAUAAAAGGGCACGCGCAUUGGUUGACGUUGAGGUUCAAGGACAAGAAAGUGGAGUCCGCGUUUCACCACGCCGAGGAGGCUUUCUCACCUUUGUCCCUUAUCGGCGGCCCAUUGGCGAUGAUCUGCGCCGCCCCAGUUUGGAGGUUUCAGCCCUGGGGACCCUUCACGUGGGGCGGUCUGGGGGUGGUCGUACUCUUUGGGGUCGUCUUGGCAGGUGCCACCUGUUUAGGCGGCGCUGUCAAGGCUAUGUGGCUGAGGACAGCGCUGGCCUUGCUGAUGACGUUCUCCCUGGGGGUAUUCUUGCUCCUAGACAUGAGUAACUGUGUGGUAAUCCAAGAACCGAUUCCGGACCUGAACAUGUCGGUCACACCGUCGACGAAGUGUCCGUAUCCAUCCUAUUAUUCUCAUAUCGGCGUUCUCACCCUGGUGGCGAUCUCGAUGCCGACCUACAUCUGUUACCUCGGCAAGGCGACCCUGAUGUACGGUAUCGCCGGGAUCCAGUGUUUCAUCAACAUCUGGCUGCUCGGCCCGCGGCUAGACUGGGAGGACCACGCCUCUUCGCCCCUUAUGCCGACCUCUAACCCAUCGAAAUGCUACCUGUCGACCAUGCUGCUCAUCGUGGCCACCUGUCUGGUCAUCGUCGCGAGAUACGCGGAGAAGACACGGAGGAGGCUGUAUCUUCGCGGCAGGGAGGUGGUCGCGCAACGGGAAAGGGCGGCGGACAUGAAGCGUAGAAAUGGCGCCCUGAUAUACAACAUCCUUCCGCCGCACGUGGCCGCUUAUUUUCUCAGCAGGGCGAGACACCACGACGACCUAUACAGCCAGAGCUACGCGGAGGUGGGCGUGCUGUUCGCCAGCAUGCCGAACUUCGCGGACUUCUACAGCGAAGAGAGCAUCAACAACCAGGGCCUCGAGUGUCUCAGGUUCCUGAACGAAGUAAUCUCUGACUUCGACGCGAUCCUCGAUCAGAACAAGUUCAAAAGCAUCAUCAAGAUAAAGACGAUAGGCUCCACGUACAUGGCGGCGUCCGGCAUAAUGGACUCCGAGGACACCGAGGAGUCCCCCAGAUGGGGUCACCUGUCCACUUUAGUCGAGUUCGCUCUGGAACUGAAGAAGGCUUUGUCCAGCAUCAACGAGCAGAGUUUCAAUCACUUUGUCCUGAAGAUGGGCAUCAAUCACGGUCCGGUGACCGCCGGGGUCAUCGGAGCGAGGAAGCCUCAUUAUGACAUCUGGGGUAACACGGUGAACGUCGCGUCCAGGAUGGAGAGCACCGGGAAAGUCGGAUGCAUUCAGGUGACAGACGAGACCAGGAGAAUCCUGGAGCCCUUCGGGUUCGGUUUCGAGCAACGAGGCCUCGUGUUCGUGAAGGGCAAGGGUCAGCUGCUGACCCACUACCUAGUCUCCAAGGACGGCGUGUCUUUGAACCUGGACAGCGACCUGCCGGUCGAACCCACGCACCCGAUCAUCUACCAGUAGGCUACUACUCGAAGGCUCUAAAAAUCUAAAAGAAUCUCUUCCUCGUUCCGCCGAGGGACUCGCCGGGAAGAAAACGGCGACGUCCCGGCCUCGACGCCGAAGAAGAAGCGAGAAGCGACACCGAAGCCAGCUCCGGAAGCUUAGAAUCCUCGAGCCGAAGACGAAGGACCUAUUAAAACGAGACACGCUCGGCGCGACGGCGGACGGAGCUCGGAGGGCGUCGCGGGAUAUGGGGGAUCUUUGAAAGUAGAUAGGAUCGAUGUCGUAGCACGCGGUGAUCGAGAACA